AAGCUGCAGAGAUUCUGGCUCGUGAUGGUCCCAACGCACUCACUCCCCCUAAGGGAACUCCUGAAAUUGUCAAGUUUCUCAAGCAGAUGAUUGGAGGUUUCUCCCUUCUACUAUGGGCUGGGGCAGUUCUCUGCUGGAUCGCCUAUGGAGUUCAGGCUGCUCAAGAUCCCACAGUAGCCCGAGACAAUUUGUACCUUGGCAUUGUGCUGGCUGCAGUUGUCUUCCUCACUGGCUGCUUCGCUUAUUUCCAAGAAGCAAAGAGUACCAACAUCAUGGCCGGUUUCAAUAAGAUGAUCCCACAGCAAGCUAUCGUCAUCCGAGGCGGAGAGAAGCUGGAGGUCCCGGCCACUGAGCUUGCAGUGGGAGAUGUGGUGGAAAUCAAGGGUGGAGAUCGAAUACCAGCAGAUCUCAGGCUUGUCUUUGCCCAGGGCUGCAAGGUGGACAAUUCCUCUCUGACAGGAGAGUCGGAGGCCCAGAGUCGAUCCCCUGAAUACACACAUGAGAAUCCUCUGGAAACUAAGAACAUUGCCUUCUACUCCACCACCUGCCUGGAAGGUACAGCAAAAGGUUUUGUGAUAAAUACUGGAGAUCGUACGAUUAUUGGCCGCAUUGCUUCGUUGGCAUCAGGAGUUGGAAAUGAGAAGACCCCCAUUGCUGUGGAGAUUGAACACUUUGUGCACAUUGUGGCGGGAUUUGCUGUGUCUGUUGGUGUUUUAUUUUUCAUCAUCGCAAUGUGCAUGGGAUACUCUGUUCUUAAUGCCAUCAUCUUUCUCAUUGGGAUCAUUGUCGCCAAUGUGCCUGAGGGCCUCCUGGCAACUGUGACCGUAACUCUUUCUCUCACUGCAAAGCGCAUGGCUAAGAAGAAUUGUCUAGUGAAGAAUCUGGAGGCUGUAGAGACUCUGGGCUCCACUUCCAUCAUCUGCUCCGAUAAAACAGGAACCCUGACACAGAACAGAAUGACUGUGGCUCACCUCUGGUUUGAUGACCACAUUCAUUCAGCUGACACCAGUGAAAACCAAACACAUCAUUCAUUUGAACAGACGUCUGAAACUUGGACAUCACUUUGUAGAAUAGUCACUUUGUGUAACCGGGCUGAGUUCAAGGCUGGACAAGAGGACGUGCCCAUUAUGAAGAAAACUGUGGUGGGAGAUGCUUCAGAAACAGCCCUCCUGAAAUUCUCUGAGGUCUUAACAGGGAAUGUGAUGAAGAUUCGACGUGACAACAACAAGGUGUCUGAGAUUCCUUUCAAUUCCACCAACAAGUUUCAGCUUUCCAUACAUGAGACGGAUGAUCCCAAUGACAAGAGGUUUCUGCUGGUCAUGAAAGGUGCUCCAGAAAGAAUCUUAGAUCAAUGUUCCACCAUUAUGAUUGGUGGUAAGGAGCUCCCAUUGGACGAAUCCAUGAAAGAUGCCUUCCAGACAGCCUACAUGGAGCUCGGAGGACUUGGAGAGAGAGUCUUGGGUUUCUGCCAUCUUUAUCUCCCAGAAGAUGAAUACCCCCCGUCCUACGCAUUUGACACCGAAUCCAUUAACUUUCCAACCACUAAUCUUUGCUUUGUUGGGCUCCUCUCUUUGAUUGACCCACCUCGUUCCACAGUGCCAGAUGCUGUCUCCAAGUGCCGGAGCGCCGGAAUAAAAGUUAUAAUGGUAACAGGUGACCACCCAAUCACAGCAAAAGCUAUAGCUAGAAGCGUUGGUAUCAUCUCAGCUGGAAGUGAAACUGUGGACGAUAUUGCCAAGCGACUUAACGUUCCUGUUGAACAGGUUAAUAAGCGGGAUGCAAAGGCAGCCGUGGUGAAUGGCGGAGAGCUGAAGGACAUGAGUUUGGAAGAACUGGAUGAUAUCUUGGCCAAUCACUCAGAGAUUGUGUUUGCGCGGACGUCACCUCAGCAGAAGCUCAUUAUAGUGGAAGGAUGUCAGAGACAGAACUUUGUGGUUGCUGUGACUGGUGAUGGUGUGAAUGAUUCUCCAGCUCUGAAGAAGGCGGAUAUAGGCAUCGCUAUGGGUAUUGCUGGCUCAGACGCUGCCAAAAAUGCUGCGGACAUGAUCUUAUUGGAUGAUAAUUUUGCCUCUAUUGUUACUGGAGUGGAAGAAGGGCGUUUGAUCUUUGACAACAUUAAAAAAUCCAUUGGUUACACCUUGACCAAAAAUAUUGCUGAGCUGUGCCCAUUCCUGAUAUACAUUAUUGCCAGUAUCCCUAUGCCAAUCGGCACCAUCACCAUCCUGUUCAUUGACCUGGGGACAGACAUUAUUCCAUCGGUUUCAUUUGCCUACGAGAAAGCAGAGAGAGAUAUUAUGAACAGAAAGCCGCGUAGGAAGAAUGUGGACCGAUUGGUGAAUUAUCAGCUGGCUACAUACGCCUAUAUACAGAUCGGGAUCAUCCAGUCUGUUGGAGCGUUUCUGACUUACUUCACAGUCAUGGCUGAACAGGGCUAUCUGCCCUACACACUUAUUGGUAUACGUGUUCCCUGGGAAAGUGUAAAUGUUCAGGAUUUGGAAGACAGCUAUGGACAAGAAUGGACCUUCUUCCAACGUGCCUUCUUGGAGUGGACAGGAUAUACGGCUUUCUUUGUCAGUGUUGUGGUGGAGCAGCUGGCAGAUCUGAUCAUCAGAAAGACUCGAAGAAACUCUCUCUUCCAGCAAGGCUUCUUUGGUAAUAAAUUUCUCCUGCUGGGACUGAUUUCACAGAUCCUCAUAGCGGUGUUCCUGUCCUACUGUCCCGAGAUGCCGUAUGCCUUGAAGUUUACACCGCUCAGAGCUCAGUACUGGUUCGUGGCUGUGCCAUAUGCUGCUUUGAUCUUUAUUUAUGAUGAAAUCCGCAAAUUGUUCAUCAGGCGCUAUCCUGGCAGCUGGUGGGACAAGAAUAUGUAUUAUUAAGGUUCGUUGGACCGUGUUGUACCUUCCCUGGUGGUGUGGACACAAAGCAAUAUUUCAUUGCUGGAAUAUAAAUAUCCUGUUUGUUGAACAAAUUGGGAUGAUUACCUAUUGUAACUGCUAUGUA